AUGGCCAAGACCUUCAAAUACGUUAUCGUCGGAGGAGGAGUUGCCGCUGGUUAUGCGGCGAGGGAGUUUGCCAAACAGGGAGUUAAGCCAGGGGAGUUGGCUAUCAUCUCCAAGGAAGCGGUAGCACCUUAUGAACGUCCUGCUCUGAGCAAGGCUUAUCUUUUUCCAGAGUCCCCUGCUAGACUUCCUGGCUUCCAUGUCUGUGUUGGAAGUGGAGGAGAAAGGUUGCUUCCUGAGUGGUACACAGAAAAAGGGAUUGAGUUAAUUCUUAGUACUGAAAUAGUGAAGGCAGACCUUGCUGCAAAAUCUCUGAUCAGUGCCGCAGGAGAAACAUUCAGUUAUCAGACUUUGAUUAUUGCAACUGGCUCAACAGUUAUAAGGCUCACAGAUUUUGGUGUGGAAGGAGCUGAAGCGAAAAACAUCUUUUAUUUGAGAGAGGUUGACGAUGCUGACAAAUUGUAUGAGGCAAUCAAGGCAAAGAAGAAUGGGAAAGCUGUGGUUGUUGGGGGAGGAUACAUUGGUCUGGAGCUUAGUGCAGUGUUGAAACUCAACAAUAUUGAUGUUACUAUGGUCUACCCGGAGCCUUGGUGUAUGCCACGACUUUUUACUGCUGGUAUAGCUGCAUUCUACGAGGGGUAUUACGCAAAUAAGGGCAUCAAUAUCAUUAAAGGAACUGUUGCUGUUGGAUUCACUUCUAAUUCUGAUGGAGAGGUAAAAGAAGUCAAACUAAAGGAUGGCCGGGUCCUGGAAGCUGAUAUUGUUGUUGUGGGUGUUGGAGGAAGGCCACAAACAGCAUUAUUCAAAGGACAGGUUGAAGAGGAGAAGGGUGGAAUCAAGACUGAUUCCUUCUUCAAAACUAAUCUUUCUGAUGUAUAUGCUGUUGGUGAUGUUGCUACUUUCCCUUUGAAAUUAUACGGUGAAUUGAGAAGAGUUGAACAUGUUGAUCAUGCUCGCAAAUCAGCUGAACAGGCCGUGAAGGCCAUCAAGGCAGCUGAGGAUGGAAAAACAGUUGAGGAGUAUGACUACCUUCCAUACUUCUAUUCCCGUGCAUUUGAUCUGUCAUGGCAAUUCUAUGGCGACAACGUUGGUGACACAGUGCUAUUUGGGGACAGCAAUCCAGCGUCACCAAAGCCUAAGUUUGGGUCAUACUGGAUUAAAGAUGGGAAAGUUGUGGGGGUCUUUCUGGAGAGUGGAACUCCCGAAGAAAACAGUGCUAUUGCUAAAGUUGCUAGGGUCCAGCCUCCGGUUGCGGAUGUAGAACAGCUUGCGAAGGAAGGUCUUUCCUUUGCUAGUAAAAUAUAA